GCCGGGGAGGCAGGCGCUCCGCAGCAACAGUAGCACUAAAGGAGGCGGAGCUGAGACUCCGAAGUUGGUUCUUCUCCGGGAUCCCGUCGGCGGGCGAAAAAAAAAUUAAAAAAAAUCAGCCACCCCGAGCGCGAGCCUAGAAGGAGCAGAGCCGAACGAGGGAGAUCCCGGGAGCGCUGCAAUUUUAGGCUCGUUUUUUUGUUUUUGUUGUUUUAGCGCCCCGCAGGCGGGCAGAGGAAAGGGUCGCAGCCAUGCCUCGCCAGGGCGGCUCUCGGGCGGCGCGGCUCUGGUGAGCGCUCCUAUGGGGGAUCCCGCCGAUUAGUAGCGGGCGCCCCCCACCCCCUUCACGAUCGCCGAGGUCCCGUGCCCCGAUGGAGCCGGAGGAAAAGAAGAUCUCGGUGUGGAUUUGCCAGGAGGAGAAGUUAAUCUCGGGCCUCACCAAACGGACCACUUGCUCGGAUGUGGUGCGGGUCCUUUUGGAGGAGAGCAAGCAGCGGCGCAGGCGUCGGCAACAGCAGCAGCAGCAGCAGCAGGCAUCGCUGCAGGAGUGCGGCGGGGGGAUGUUGUCGGGGCUCCCGCAGUCUUACUGCAUCGUGGAGAAGUGGCGGGGCUUUGAGAGGAUCCUGCCCAACAAGACCAAGAUCCUGAGGCUCUGGGCGGCCUGGGGCGACGAGCAGGAGAACGUGCGCUUCGUGCUGGUGCGCAGCGAGGCGUCCUUGCCCAACACCGGACCCAGGAGCGCCGAGGCCAGGGUGGUGCCCAGCAGGGACAGCCCGGGAUGCCAUGGCUUGGGGGUUACAGCCCGGGCCAGCCUGGCUUUGAGCCAGGAACGGCAGAGGCGCGUGGUGAGGAAAGCCUUCCGCAAGCUGGCCAAGAUCAACAAGAGGAAGGGGCAGCCGCAGCUCGAGGAGCCGCCGGCCAAGGAAGCCCCGGCGGGCGAAAGGAUGGAGACUCUGGUGCAUCUGGUCCUUUCGCAGGACCACACCAUCCGGCAGCAGAUCAAGCGGCUCCGCGACUUAGACCGGGAGAUCGACCGCUACGAGGCGAGGAUUCAUUUCGACCGCAUGAAACGCCACGGGGUUAACUACGUGCAGGACACUUACUUGGUCGGAGAAGAGCCGGAGCCCCCCGCGGGAGACCAGGAGCUAAAGUCUCCCGCGGGGGCGGCCCCGACGACGACGGCGGGGGAGUUAGAGAACCCGUCGUCCGGCAGCGAGGACUUGGAGGAGUACGCGUGGAAGUGCGAGCAGGUGGCUCGCGUGCAGGAGCAGUGGCGCCGCCAGGAGGAGCUGAUCGAGCAUUUGGCCGGCGAGAUCCAGGAGGAGCUCAACGAGCGCUGGAUGAGGCGGCGCCGGGAAGAGCUGGCGGCCGCCAAGGGCUCCAGCGCCAGCCUCUCCGAGACGGACUGCAACACCACUGAGCUGAGCGGCGGCGGCGGCGAGCUCCACGUGGAGCAGGAGCGCGUCAAGACGCAGCUGAGCACCAGCCUCUACAUCGGGCUGCGCCUCAACACGGAUUUGGACGCCGUGAAGUCGGACCUGGAAUUUACGCAGCUCGCUUGGGCCGAUAAAGAGCGGGAGCUCCAGCGCCUGCUCGAUUCCCUGGAGUCCUUACACGUGGAGGGGGUGGGGGAGGAGGAGGAGGAGGAGGAAACGGCGGUGGCGGACGAGGACGAGCGAGGGGGCCUCCCUUUCAACCCGGGAGACGAGCUGCCGGCCUCGGUCCCGAUCACCUCGGGAGAUUGGGGUGAGGAAGCCGCCCGGAGUUUGAGCAAAGACCGCGAGGAUCGUGAAGACGAGGAUUCCGACACGGGUUUGAGCUCUAUGCACAGCCAGGACUCGGACUCGGUGCCCGUGUGCGAAUCCCUCGUGUAGCAGUUUCCUCCCGCCUCUCUCUCUCUCUCUCUCUCCUCCCGCUCUUUUCCUUCACUUCAUCUCAGGGACUGCAAAGUUGUGUUUCCACCCCCCCCUUUUUUUUUUUGCCCUUCCGUGCACAAGUUUCCAUUGGCGCAAAAUGCUUGGAUUAAGAAUUCCUGCUUUUCCUCCCGUUUCUGAUCACGUGCACUGCAAUACAUUGUAAUAAUGCAGGAUCCGAUCUGGGUCGGUCACGGACCAUGAUGGUGGUUCAUUAACAGGCCAUUUCUGUUCAAAUCACUAAAUCCUGGAAAAUAUAUAUUUGUACAAACAUACAACAAGCUAUUUUUCUCCAUAAUUUAAAAAAAAAAGGUAUUCCUUGUUUUGUUUAUUUCAAACUUUUCAAAUGAAGAAAAGCUGCCGUUUUUAAUAUUUAAUUCUCUGAGGAAAUACUGUUGGGGAAAGUAUAUGAUAUUGUGUAUAUAAAACAAAGCACCCAACAUCUACAUUGAGGGUUUGACAUCGAAACUUGCUGAAACUAGUCAAGAAUGGCAGAUUUUCCUCUUGCUUUCUCACUCUAACUGCAAGCUUUUUUUUUUAAAAAAAAAGGAUUGUUGGCAAAUCUCUGAAAUUUAUUUUCCAUUUUUUUGUUUUACAUCUGAGAUAUUUAUUUUUGAAUGGCUUUUUAACCAUUACAUUCCUAAUUGCAAAUACAAGACAGUGUGCAAAUUCAUUAAUUUGCUUUCUAAUUCAGGAAUUACCUAAUUCCUUGGUCCUUUCCCAGUAUAAAGACAUCUGCCUGAUAAAACAGCUGUAAUUUGCUCUGAAAAAUUACAGUAGUUUGAGCCUCUGAUCAAAAUGAAACAUAGAUGGAAGACACAGCAGCAAGAAUGGGAUGAUUAAAAACUUGUACUCGGGAAUGCCUGCUGUCAGCAUGUUUGGAAUAGAUUCCAACAAAUGUCUAAGUAACAAAUUUAUGUCUCAGAUGCAAAAAUCACUUAUGCACAGGUGUUCAUGGGAAUAAUCCAGGUUUUUGUGGGGAGGUGGGCAGGGUUAUUUAAAUGCUAACAAUGAAUCAGGAAGUAAAUAGGAAUCAGCAGUUAUGCUUGUUUGGUUGUGUUCCUUAGAAAAUGGGGAACGAAAUGCAGGAGACCUAAAUUAAUCUGCUCACAACACAUUAACAGUGUAAACCUGCAUGAGAGAAUGCUGGUUGAGUGAGACUUUACAUUGUAAUUACAUUGCACUGAAACUUUAAAAGUGACGUGCUUUAAUGCUUCGAGUAUGCUUGAUUUGCAGAUUUAUAGAAGCAGUAUGCUGUGUGUUACAAAUAAGAUUGAAUUUGUCUAAUUAUGCUGAAGUCAGCAUUGGGUAAGAGCCAUUCUACAAAGCCAGCUCAGGUGCCUGGUUUGUUGCUAGUUUUGAGCAAAGUUUCGGUGGCUAGAAGACUAAUCUAAAGGGCAACAUCUCCCAAACUGAUAUGUCAAUUUAUUUUAUUAAACUUUCAAAAGGAAAUAAGACUUUCAAAUCAAUUUAACUCCUACCCUGUUUUAAAAUGUCAAAUUUGGCAAUGAAUGGAAUGAAUUUCACUGGUGGGAAUGAUGGAGGUGGAAGGAAUGUGAAGAACAAAUUAACCCUUUCUCGUGUGCACGCACACACACACAAUACCAUCUCAAGGCAAGGGGGCUAUUAUAACCUUUUCUACCUUUUUUUUUUAACAGUCACGAUUUAGUCUCAGACCCUAAAAGAAUCUGACUAAACAAAUGGCAUUCUAAAUUCAUACAAUGGAUUUAUUUCUAAACAGAACUAAACCACUGGAAGUUAAAAGUGGCACAUACUGUUUUUGUUGCUUUGUUUUUCAGAUUAUCUUCCUUGUGAACAGUAGGGCAGUUUUAGUUCAGCUGAGCAUGAGAAGAAAUUUGGCAUAAAUUGUUUUUCCAUUCUGCUUUUAAAAGUGUGUAUUGAGAGCAUUGUAAAAGAGGAUCAGAAUCAGAUUCCACCAAUGGAUAGUUAAAAGUAAAUUUAAUGAGAUUUCAUUGUAUAUUGAGCACCUUGUGGAAAUGAAGAAGAUUGGCUACGUAUAGGACAGCAAAUAAGUCCAUAGUAAAUCAGUCUUGGCAAGAGAUGAGAGAGUACUACUGUGUUUCUCCUAAAAUAAGAUCCUCUUGCAAUCUUACCUGAUUUCCAACUCUGCGUUUAAAUAUUUUUGGGGAGGGCUUGUUUUCGGGGGGAGGCUUAUUUUAGCGCAUAUGCUCAAAAGCCCAAUUGGGCUUAUUAUCAGGGGAUGUCUUAUUUUCGGAGGGAACAAAGUAUUAGUAUCAAAUCAAUUUGCCUUUCUCAAGCAAAAUCUUCAUCUAUUGCAUAAUUGCACUGCUAUUUUCUUCUAUGUCUUUUGGGUCAGUUAUUAAAAAAAUGGAUACAAAAUGGUAGAAUACAGGCCAGUUAUUAAAUAAAUCACAUUAUCUGGGAGAAAUUCCUUGAAUGGGAGCAAGGUGAUUUAUGCAAUACAAGCUUCAUCUAAAAGCAACCAGUAUUUGGGGAGGGGGGUGGAGAAUCCUGUAUUUCAAAUCAGGAGGAAAAAAGUGCAAAGACACCGCACUGACCAAGAUGGGCUACAAGAAAGUACUUUAAGUUAGCCAUUUUAGUUUUUCCAGUCAAAAUUUAACAUUUAGUUUGUUAUUUUACCUAAGUGACAGUCUGAUCCUAUGCAUCCCUAUUUCAGAAAUAAACCUGGUUAUUCCUGCCAGAUAAAAGUUUUACAUGUAUGCAAUGUUAAUUAUCCUUUGGUCCUGAACAUUUGCUAAAAAUGUACUGUAUAUUUUCUAUACCGAACCUGAUGGUAAGAAGCUAUUCCUAAUGUUUAAAGAACACAGAUUUGAGAAAAUGGUGAAUCAAAACCUCAUUUGCAAUAACAUUGGAUUAUUUAUGGAAUAAAAAAGAUGUAUUUUUCACA